GGCAGCCGUGGGCCGUCUCCAGGCCGUCUCCAGGCGCCUGUGCUUGGAGCUGCAGGAAGAGCGAGAGCUGCAGUCGAAAACCAAGGCCGUGCUGAAGGAGAACGAGCAUUCUCUGUGGCACAUUGAGAUGGAGGAGGGGCGGUUCGAGGACGCCUGGAAGCCCUACCAGGAGCAGGCCAAGGCCGCGGAGCGGUUCCGUGAGGCGCGUGGGGCCCAGCAGCUCCGCAGGGAGAAAGAGGCCUUGGGCAAGGCGGAGAGAGACCAGCUGCUGAGGGUCCGGCGAUCCCUGCACACCCAGAAGGAGCGCGGGCUCCGGCACCAGCAGCUGGUGGAGGCCGCGCAGAGGAGCCACCGGGCCGCCGUGGGCUUCCUGAAGGCGUCGUUGGGAAGAGUCCGGGAGCGGGAGAGGCAGCAGGAGCUGGAGUGCCGUGAGCACCUGCAGCGGCGCAUGGACGCGGUGCUGGCGCUGAAGAACAGCAUCGCCGCCAACCGGGAGACGCUGCGGAAGUUCCACGCCUGGGGCCAGGCCAGGGCGGAGGAGGCGGCGCGGAAGGCGCAGGCGGAGGAGGAGGCCGUCCGGGCGCAGGGCGGCGACGCCUUCAAGCACCUUGCCCACCAGCGCCGUCGCCACCAGCUGGAGGCCCAGCGGCGGGCCUUUGAGGAGGAGCAGAAGCUGCGCACGCGCGAGAUCGUCAGCCGGAUUUUGAAAGAGGAGGCCGGGGAGGAAAACCGGAGGAAGAACCCGCAGCAGGCCGUCCACACCGGCAAGCGGCGGACCCUGCGGGACAGGACCUGGCGCUACGUCUCCGACCUCGCCGAAGGGAAGCCCGUGGCCCAGAGCACCUGCGGCGCGCUGGAGAGCGCUGCCGCGGCUCCCGAGCCUGCCUUGGUGAAGGCCACCUCCAGCGAGUCCGUGCAGGGGGAGCCUGGCACCACCAACCCGGAGGAGGAGACGCUGGCAGAGCCUGAGAUCCCGGGGCUGUGGAAGGAGGACUCCAAGCCGUACCAGGUGCCCAAGGAGGAGGUGGAACGGAAGCCCCCGGGCGGGACCAAGAUGGAGAAGGACAUCCUGGCGCGCACGCUGCAGCGGCUGCGGGAGGGGCUGGUGCACAGGCAGGUGGUGUCGGGGCGCGAGUUCACGGGCCGCCCCUUCAACAGCAAGCCCGAGCUCAUCCACUUCCAGGACUUCGAUGUCGGCAAAGUGUACAAGAAGAAGAUCACGCUGGUCAACGCCACCUACACCAUCAACUACUGCCGGCUGCUGGGCGUGGAGGAGCAGCUGAGGGACUUCAUCCACGUCGACUUCGACCCCCCGGGCCCCAUGUCGGCUGGGAUGUCCUGUGAGGUGUACGUCACCUUCAAGCCCAUGAUAAAUAAGGAUCUGGAAGGAAAUGUCUCGUUUCUGGCUCAGACGGGCGGAUUUUCUGUCCCACUGAAAUGUUCCACCAAGAAAUGCUCCGUGUCCCUGGACAAGGAGCUCAUCGACUUUGGCAGCUACUUGGUGGGUGAGACUGGGACCAGGACGCUCACGCUGACCAACGUCGGGGGCCUGGGCGCCAGGUUCCAGUUACUUCCGGCCUCCGAGUACGACGAGCCGGAGGAUUCGCAGUCUGGGCGCAGAACAAGCAGCCUCUGCACGUUCGAAGACAAAAGCGUUUACGAGAAGGCGGUCAGCAGUCUCUCUGAGGUGCAGCUGGACGGCAAUGAGUCCUCUCCGCUGGACGCCCAGAGCCGGAAGGGGUCGGAGAAGCUGCAGGACGCCCCUUGUCUUCCAGAACCAGAGGGAGCAUUUGCGGCCCCUGUGGUGACGACGAUGCCUCCCAGCGAGGGACAGAUGGAGAUCACGCUGGGGGAGGAAACAGAGGGCGAGAUCGGGCCCUUCUGCUCGGUCAAGGUGCCGCUCACCUUCAGGCCUGUCAUCCCGGGAGAGGUCCAAGCCAGGUUCAAGGUGGUGUUUAAGAACCCACAGUGCCCGACGUUGUAUUUCAGAGUCGUCGGGGUUGCCUUGGACGUGCCCGUCUGGGUGCCGAAGCCCAGCGUGGACCUGAAGAUCUGCAUGUAUGGCCGUCUCUACCAGGACUCCAUCCUCGUGCACACACGGUCGAAGGCCGCCCUGCGUCUGAAGUUCGAAGUGUGCCCAGAGCUGCGGGGCCACAUGGAGCUGCUGCCCGAGACAGGCUACAUCCAGGCCCUCUCGUCCUACACCGUGCAGCUCAAGUUCCUGCCCCGGCACUCCCUUCCAGAGGACGCACACAAGUAUUUCGACCCCGAGAGCCGCGUCCUGGAGGCCCCGAUGACCAUAUGGGUGGCUGACCAGGUCAAGCCAGUGGGCUUCACCGUCCACGCCGUGGUCACCACCUCGGACCUGGAGAUGACCCCCUCCCAGCUGGACUUUGGCCACUGCACCGUCUACGAGGCCGUCAGGGCCGAGAUCGACCUCUUCAACCACUCGCUGCUGCCCCAGGAGUUUGGCUUCGUCGGACUCCCCAAGUUUGUGGACAUCCAGCCCAACGAUGGGUUCGGGACAAUCCUGCCCCUGGAGACCGUGCAGCUGGAGGUCACCUUCCAGCCCACGCGGGCCAAGGAGUACAGCUUCGAGCUGGUCUGCAAGUCUGAGAUUAACCGGUGCUUCAAGCUGUCCUGCCGAGCCGUGGGGGUUCACCCACCCCUGGAGCUGUCCCACUACCACAUCAAGUUUGCGGCCACAGCGCUGUACAGCACGUCGGUGGCCGCGGUCUACGUGAUCAACUCACACCUGAGCAUGAACUCGCUGACCCACUCGGUGCCGCGCAUCGGCUCGGAGGAGCCCUCCCCGGUGGGGCCCACAUCUUUCGAGUUCCUGCUGCCCCCGGACUCGCCCAUCACCAUCUCACCCUCGGUGGGGACCGUGCUGCCGGGAAAGAGGUGCCUGGUCCAGGUGGCCUUCCGGCCCGUGCUACCCAAUGAUCUGAUCCGCCAGGAAGCCCUCCAGACCCUGAGCAAGGAUACGGAGUCCAAAUCGCUCCGGAAAGACACCAUCACCCAGAGGAAGGAGUUCCGGAGACAGUCCCUGGCCCCGAUGCGCCUGCAGGGCCGCGACCGCUACCGGGCCUCCAUCUCCCACAGCCUGGGGCUACAGAGGCAGGAGCUCAAGGCCAGUGCCGAAGAGUUCCAGGCUGCCCAGGCCGCGCUGGCCAGGGCCUUCCAGGGCAAGUUCAACAAGUUCGUGGUUCCCUGUGUGGUCGCCAGCGGUGACAUCAAGGACAGGAAGGGAGCAGAGCCCCUGACCUUCAGCCCCCACAACACCCUGUACCUGGAGCUGUGGUGCCCAACGGUGGCACCGCCCAUCGUGGUGACGUCCGACAAGGGCAAGACCGUCUUCAACUUUGGCGACGUCGCCGUCGGACACCGCGGCAUCAAGAAGGUCUCGAUCCAGAACAUCUCCUCCGAGGACCUCGUGGUGGAGUUCUCGCUGCUGAACCCCGACGGCCCCUUCGUCCUGCUGAAUCCCCUGAGCAGGCUGCACGCGGGCGAGACCCAGGCCCUGGUGCUGUGCUUCUCCCCCCACGAGAGCACCCUGGCUCAAGAAACGCUGGACGUGGCUACCAAGAGAGGCACCCUCACCCUCACCCUCCUGGGCACUGGCGUGGCACCGCUGAUCACGUGCUCCGUGGACGGCGGCGUCCUCAACAUGGGCUACGUGAUCGCCAGGGAGUCGGUGUCCUCGACCUUCAAGCUGCAGAACGACUCCUCGCUGCCCAUCAAGUUCUCGCUGCGGCUGGAGAGCCUCUCGCCCACUAGGGCCCAGGACCGGCAGCAGCUGCCGCGGUUCCUCGCCUCGCCCGCCCAGCGGACGGAGGUCGUGGGCUCCAGGUGGUGCUCUUCGAAAAGUCUCCCACCAGAUCCUGCUGAAGGGCGCGGCCCGCGAGCACAUGAUGUUCGUGGAGGGCGGAGACCCCCUGGACGUGCCCGUGGAGUCUCUGGCCGUGGUCCCUGCCUUCGACGCGGAGCACAGGGAGGACACGGAGGAGCUAAAGCACUUGCUAGUGACCUUGGACUACGUCCAGUACGACACAGACCCGUCGGCCCCACCUGCCACGCGGGAGCUGCAGGUGGGCUGUAUCCGGACCACCCAGCUGUCCCCAAAGAAGAUGGUGGAGUUCAGCCUGGACAGCGUCGCCGCCCUGCAGCACAAGGGCUUCUCCAUCGAGCCCUCGCGGGGCGUGGUGGAGCGGGGCCAGACCAAAACCAUCAGCGUCUCCUGGGUGCCGCCUGCCGACUUCGACCCGGACCACCCGCUCAUGGUGUCAGCCCUGCUUCAGCUCAGAGGGGGCGUGAAGGAAACCUACAAGGUCAUCUUCGUGGCCCACGUGGUGACCAGCCCCUGAGCCCCAGGAGCCUCUGCACAGAGUCCCCGGGACCCUCGCCCAGGGACCUGGCGUCCGGGAUCCGCCGCUGCCCGGCCCCACAGCCAGGGCCCCCUGGUCCCACAGACAUGGCCACUGCUGCCGCCCCGGCCCCAGCGGGCCCAGGGCCCAAGAGCACCUGUGCCCAGAUCCCACCGCAGAGCCGCUGGCCAGGCCGGUCCUGCUCACAGACAGCCCCUCCACGGAGCUCCUGGGGCCCCGGCCCCACCCGCACAAUAAACCCUCGCGAGGCAGCGCGUGCGGCCUGUGUCUGUGGGCGACAGCGGCCGACUUGCUGGGGCAAGCAAGGAGAGGGAGGACAGGGCCCCCGGGGCUCGCCCUGAAACACGGGCCCCCUGGAGGCCACCCUGGCCGCCUGGGUGCUGCGGUAGAGCAAGGCGGAGCUUGAGGCUGGCCCAGACCCAGAGAAGCCCAACCAGGGGCAAAGAGGGCGGGGGCCUCCAGCCCCCCAGGCCUCCCACGCC